UUAAUUACUUCUACUUGUGGGCGAAACCAUUCUCCUUCUGGGCGAAACGAAGUGGACGAAACUCGUUAUGGGCGAAACUCUAUAUAACCUUACAAAUUAUAGACAACCUAAUGUCACUUUCUUAUUUAUUCUUUUUCUAACUCGGGUAGCACUGGUGGCAGUAAGCUGUUAUCAGAUAUCAAAUCGCUCUCUCACUGGCAGACUGAGAAUUCUGUUACAGGCAACUGUAUCAUCUAAAUUCUACAAGCUUGUGGCCAUUAAGGGAGACUGCCCUUCAGAGAGUUGUCAGAAGAUCUCCCUUGAUGUCCACCAAGAUUCUAUGCAAGACACAGAGUUUGUUGGCCAUGUUUUUCACAAGUAUGUUACGUUGAACCCAGUUCAGUGCUAUAUAAGGUGCAUACGCGACUGCCGAUGUUUGUCGAUAAACUACAAGGAAAAUCCACAGAACGACAUCAAAUAUUGCGAGUUAAAUGAAGGAAAUCAUUUCAUCAGCAACAAUGCAUUGGUAAAGUCUCCAGGCUCAAAAUAUUUUGUUCUACGCAAGGAAUAUAGUAAAGUUAAGACUAAUAGCAUCAAUUCUUCAUGCGCCAAUGACGUCAUGUGUACCAAUGGCUGCUGCAAGAACAAUCUGUGUCUCAAUGGAGGAACCUGCAUUGAGAUGUGUGAGCCCUCAAGUGUUCGGUACAACUGUUCCUGUCCUGUACCGUUUGUUGGAAAACACUGUGAGACUCAGCUGAAAAGAAGCUGUCAGGAUUACAAAGCAGCCGGGUCCACUGCCUCUGGAUUGUAUACACUUAACGAUGACAACAGUCAAACCUUCCAGGUGUUCUGUGAUUUUGAUUCAGAGCCUGGGUUCGCUUGGAACCUGAUUGAGUCGUUUAGUUUAUCCAACAAUCAUCGUUUUCAGAAAAACAUUGUGUUUUACGAUGAUUACCAAGCCAUCAGCGGUGAUGCCCCAAAUUGGCAGGCCUACCUCAUCGAACGACCCUACCUCCUUUGGCUCAGAAAUCAGUCGACUCACUGGAGAGCUACUUGUCGAUACAACACAGAUGGUACCGUAUAUACAGAUUACCUGAGAGCCUCGCUUGAAGACUUUGACAUCAUCAGAGACGUACCCACGGUAGUAAAUACCUGUCGACCGUACGAAUAUGUCAACAUCCGGGGAAAUGAAUGCGAGAAUUGCACUGCGGCUACAUGGUAUAAGAAAGGAGUUAUCCGCUUGCACAUAGACAGUUCCUGUUCCUGUGGCUGCGAUUUCGAUGGCAGCAAAACAGACGCGGCCAUUUCAAGCGAGGACAACUUUGGAUAUUACGGUGCUAAAAAUCCCAAAUUCCGUUGUACCUCAAACCAGGCGGAUACGACUCAGUUCUGGAUCGGGAGCAAAUAGUACCGCUGACCAAGCAACAGUAGAAACGAUGGGUCUUAUUUCUUAGCUUUUGAUGACAGACCAUGGCAGACAAUAAACGGUUUUCUUUUUUAUUUUUAUUUUAGUUUUUUGUCGUAAUUUUGAAAUCAAUAAAGUAGACGAAGAGCCAUAGGGUUUUUACAUGAUAUCAUAGAUAGAACAGUGACCAAUUAAUUGAAGAGUCUUUGAAACUGGUGUGGUUUAGAUUCAGCUUUUAAUACACUCAGUUUUAAAAUGGAGCUUGGAAAAAAGAUUAGAAAUGUCUGAGAAAGGCUAAAGCUAUGGCGUAGAUCCACUGAGGUUUUUGUAUUUCAAAUAAUGUUUUAUUACAUAGUCAACUUGAAAACCGCUCCAUUAACAUUGAUGAAAAACUCCAAGUCCUUGAUUUUUUGUAUUUAUAAAUUGUACAAAUUUAACGAUAAUUAAAAACAAUUAAAGUGAAUACAGCUUAUAUGUUAUGAAAAAUAAGUUUAGGAUUUCUAGAGCAUUCUAACUUUUUUUUUUACGUGUGAUUGACUCCUAAAGAUGUUUCUCGUCUGAGUAUUAAAUGAUAUGCUUUUAAUCUACUUUUGUAUUGCAAUUAGUUUCUAGCUCGUUACUUAACAUAAUCAAUUUCUGGCAUUUUUGCUCACUAGCCUCAGCUUCGAAAACUUUGAGUGAAUAAAUAGAUUUUAAAAUGCA